AUGUCUGCUAUCAGCUCGGCGAACGGUGCCAACCAAAAACAAUUUCUCGAUGAACUGCUGAACAGCUAUGACAACAACGAGUCACCUCAACUCAGCAGAGGCCGCCCUACCGCCAUCAACGUUCAGAUGUUCAUCAAUUCGUUCGGGUCCCUCAACGCAGCCAACAUGGAUUUCAGCAUCGACGUGUUCCUGAGACAGUCCUGGCACGACCCGCGCCUCGUCCUGCCCGGCCCCCGCGAGCGCGUGGCCAUCACCAACCCACAGACGCUGGCAAAGUUGUGGAAACCUGAUACGUACUUCAGCAACUUGAAGGACGGCGAGAUCCAUACGGUGUCCAUGCCUAACGUUCUGUAUAGAAUAUACAAGACUGGCGACGUUCUGUACAGCAUGAGAGUAACGCUGAGGCUUUCCUGCCACAUGGAGUUUCGCGAAUAUCCUCUCGACUCCCAGGUGUGCGGAGUCCAUGUCACCUCCUAUGCCAACACGGACGACUUGGUGAAGUACCGGUGGCUGGCCGACAGGCCCAUCGAUCUGCCGGAGGGCCUCGAGAUCGCGCAGUUUGAGCUCCUGGGAUUCUCCGCCAAUGCAACCAGCCACGCUUACGUAACAGGGACCCCAAAUCUCAAAAAAUUGUGCAAUUGGGAAAACUUUAAAGAUUUUAAAAACGCUUUUUCCGUAAGAGGAAAAAUCGUGAUCAACAGUAUCAAAAGCUUUCAAGUAACGAUAAACACAGAGAUUGUGCCCUAA